AUGCCCGCUUCAGCCGCCAUCGCUCUAACGUCCUCCCUCAAGCGGCCUCUGCGCUCCGACGCCCUGGCGAUCUCCUCAGACAGAGCCCCGACAGGAAAAGGGGAGGGAGGAAGGGGAUCCUACAGGGACCGGAUCCCUCUGAGGAUUGUCAGGGCCGAGUCUGAACUGUCUGGCCUGGAAAGGAACUACCUGGGAGCAGUGGAGAAAGGAGACUAUGCCUCAGUCAAACAGGCUCUAGAGGAGGCAGAGAUAUACUUCCGGAUCAACAUUAACUGUAUAGACCCUUUGGGCCGCACAGCUCUGCUGAUCGCUAUAGAGAAUGAGAACCUGGAGAUUAUAGAGCUGCUGCUCACCUAUAAUGUGUACGUUGGUGAUGCUCUCCUACACGCCAUCCGUAAAGAGGUGGUGGGGGCCGUGGAACUGCUGCUCAACCAUAAGAAACCCAGCGGGGAGAAACAGGUUCCUCCCAUCCUAUUGGACAAGCAGUUCUCUGACUUCACUCCUGACAUCACACCCAUCAUCCUAGCAGCUCACACCAACAACUAUGAGAUCAUCAAACUGCUGGUGCAGAAGGGGGUGUCUGUGCCCCAGCCACAUGAGGUGCGCUGUAACUGCAUGGAGUGUGUGUCCAGUUCUGAUGUGGAUAGUCUUCGUCACUCCCGCUCACGUCUCAACAUCUACAAGGCCCUGGCCAGCCCAUCACUCAUAGCCCUCUCCAGUGAAGACCCUUUCCUCACAGCCUUCCAGCUCUCCUGGGAACUGCAGGAACUCAGCAAGGUGGAGAAUGAGUUUAUGUCGGAGUAUGAAGAGUUAUCUCAGCAGUGUAAACAGUUUGCCAAGGACCUGUUGGACCAAACCAGAAGUUCCAGAGAACUAGAGCUGAUCCUGAACUACAGAGAUGACAUCAACCCUCUACUGGAUGAGAACACCAACGAUCUGGCCAGACUCAAACUGGCUAUCAAAUACACACAGAAAGAGUUUGUAGCCCAGCCUAACUGUCAGCAGCUGCUUGCGUCUCGUUGGUACGAUGAGUUCCCUGGGUGGAGGCGUCGUCACUGGGCAGGGAAGUUCCUAACCUGUGUCUUCAUCGGCCUCCUCUUCCCCCUCUUCUCCCUCUGCUACCUGGUCUCUCCUAAGAGCCGCUAUGGACACUUCAUCAGGCAACCCUUCAUCAAGUUUAUCUGCCACACAACGUCGUAUCUCACCUUCCUGUUCCUCCUGCUGCUGGCCUCCCAGCACAUCGUCUCUACAGACCCCAACAGACAGGGGCCGACUCCUACUGUGGUGGAAUGGAUGAUACUGCCCUGGGUACUGGGCUUCAUCUGGACAGAGAUUAAACAGAUGUGGGAUGGAGGGUUCCAGGACUACAUCCAUGACUGGUGGAACCUCAUGGACUUUGUUAUGAACUCUCUGUACCUGGCUACCAUUUCUCUGAAGAUCGUUGCCUAUGUCAAGUACAGUGGCUUCAGGGCCAGGAACGAAUGGCAGAUGUGGCAUCCUACCUUGGUAGCAGAGGCUGUGUUUGCCAUCGCUAACAUCUUCAGCUCCCUCCGCCUCAUCUCUCUGUUUACAGCUAACUCCCACCUGGGACCUCUACAGAUUUCUCUGGGCAGGAUGCUGCUGGACAUCCUUAAGUUCCUGUUUAUCUACUGCCUGGUGCUCCUGGCCUUCGCUAACGGGCUCAACCAGCUCUACUUCUACUACGAGACAGACGAGGGACUGAAGGGAUGCAAGGGCAUCCGCUGCGAAACACAGAACAACGCUUUCUCAACGUUGUUUGAGACACUCCAGUCUUUGUUCUGGUCUGUCUUUGGGUUGAUCAGUUUGUAUGUGACCAACGUGGAGGCAGACCACCAGUUCACAGAGUUCGUAGGGGCCACCAUGUUCGGAACCUAUAAUGUAAUCUCUCUGGUGGUUCUACUCAACAUGCUGAUCGCCAUGAUGAACAACUCAUACCAACACAUCGCUGAUCAUGCAGACAUUGAGUGGAAGUUUGCAAGAACCAAGUUGUGGAUGAGUUACUUUGAAGAGGGAGGGACUCUACCUUCUCCAUUCAACAUCAUCCCGAGCCCCAAGUCAAUCUGGUACUUCAUCUGCUGGAUCAGGAAACACAUCUUCAAGAUCACCAGGGCCAAGAAAACAGAAACAUUUGGAACCAUAGGGAGACGGGCUGCUAUAAAUGUAAGAAUAAACCACCAGUAUCAGGAGGUUUUGAGGAACCUGGUGAAGAGAUAUGUGGCAGCCAUGAUCAGAGAUGCCAAGACAGAGGAAGGACUGACUGAGGAGAACUUUAAGGAGCUGAAGCAGGACAUCUCCAGCUUUAGGUAUGAGGUCCUGGGGAUGAUGAAGGGGAAGGUGGGGCCUGGGGGUGGGGGCGUGGCUAUAGCAGGAAGUAAACCCAGUGAAGUGGCAGGGGCCUCCAGUCUGGUCUACCCUGACCACUCCUUCAAGUACUCCCCCAAGUUCCCCCCGGCCACGCUUAAGACCAACAUGUUUCACGUCACCACAUCCAUGCUCCAGCAGAGGGCAGCCCCCUCCUCCACCUCCUCGUCCACAUCCCCUUCCACCUCUCAGGGCUUGAACCGACUGGUCAACGGCUCUGUGGUACCCUCUUGGACCUCCACUGACACCUCCUCCAUCCCCACCUCCUCCACUUCCAUCUCCUCUCCCUCCUCCACUCCCUCCAUCAAUGACGGACUGGCCAGGAAAGAUAUCUGUGACAUUGGGCUCUACUCUGUGUCUGAGGAGAUGGGGGAGGCUGACCUGGAGGAGCUGGACUGUGAUGGAGAGAAGGAGGAGCAGGGUGGAGCGAGGGAGAGGACGUGUACAGAGAAGGAAGAAAACGAAGAGAGGGGAGAGUGAAGAGAGAAGGGUUCAUGUUAGAACAGACUGUUGAGGAUGAGACUGCUAUGUAGAAGGACUAUAGAGUGAAUACUGUUCAAAAGACCACAAGCGAUUUGAAUGUAUCAUUAUGAUACGUCUUCAUGGAGACCUGUGUAGUAACUUGUCUUGCGACUCCAGAACCAAUUCAGCUCUCAGACUAAUAUAUUCUGGUCUAGAACGUAUAAGCCGGAGACCUGGAGACUAGAAGUCUGUUUCUUGGUUUGUGUACCAAAUAGCACUCUAUUCUCUAUAUAGUGUACUACAUUUUACCAGGGGACAUAGGGCUCUGGAACCAGGGGACAUAGGGCUCUGGAACCAGGGGACAUAGGGCUCUGGAACCAGGGGACAUAGGGUUCUAGAACCAGGGGACAUAGGGCUCUGGAACCAGGGGACAUGGGGCUCUGGAGCCAGGGGACAUAGGGUUCUAGAACCAGGGGACAUAGGGUUCUGGAACCAGGGGACUUAGGGCUCUGGAACCAGGGGACAUAGGGUUCUAUAACCAGGGGACAUAGGGUUCUGGAACCAGGGGACAUAGGGUUCUGGAACCAGGGGACUUAGGGCUCUGGAACCAGGGGACAUAGGGUUCUAUAACCAGGGGACAUAGGGUUCUGGAACCAGGGGACUUAGGGCUCUGGAACCAGGGGACAUAGGGUUCUAGAACCAGGGGACAUAGGGUUCUGGAACCAGGGGACAUAGGGCUCUGGAACCAGGGGACAUAGGGUUCUAGAACCAGGGGACAUAGGGCUCUGGAACCAGGGGACUUAGGGCUCUGGAACCAGGGGACAUAGGGUUCUAGAACCAGGGGACAUAGGGCUCUGGAACCAGGGGACUUAGGGCUCUGGAACCAGGGGACAUAGGGUUCUAGAACCAGGGGACAUAGGGUUCUAGAACCAGGGGACAUAGGGUUCUAGAACCAGGGGACAUAGGGCUCUGGAACCAGGGGACAUGGGGCUCUGGAGCCAGGGGACAUAGGGUUCUAGAACCAGGGGACAUAGGGUUCUGGAACCAGGGGACUUAGGGCUCUGGAACCAGGGGACAUAGGGUUCUAUAACCAGGGGACAUAUGGUUCUGGAACCAGGGGACAUAGGGUGUCAUAUGGAACAAGCAUAUAAGACGUCAUUCUCCGACCAGGAUUUCUGGAAAACCUGGGAAUUUGGGGAAAGUUACCUGAGUUUUGUAACCCUAGACGUGAUAGAUCUAUCAGUAUUUUAUUAACAAGCACUGUCUCUGCUGCUUCCUCUCGUCAGCCCCCUGCUAUGUCACAACAAUCCCUUGUCAUAAUGCAUAACGGAAAACACUAAUGAUUCUUACAGGUAGAUCUGUACAAUGUCACACCUUAGCGAAUUAUUCAAAACUAGUUUGAACCCUAUUUCCUAUAUAGUGCACUACUUUUGACCAAGUCAAAUGAAUUUAUUGUGUUGGAGGUUUCAUGAUGCUUGUAUCAUGUUGAUGAUUGUAAGAUUGUUCUAUACAUCAUUUGAGGUUAAGUGUAUCCUUGUAGCUGUGUGGGCUAAUAAACAAAAUGUUUGCCUUGGGGUAAUUUGAGCCAAUUACCACAGGGUAUGUUGAGCCAAUGACCACGGGGUAUGUUGAGCCAAUGACCACGGGGUAUGUUGAGCCAAUGACCAUGGGGUAUGUUGAGCCAAUGACCAUGGGGUAUGUUGAGCCAAUGACCACGGGGUAUGUUGAGCCAAUGACCACGGGGUAUGUUGAGCCAAUGACCACGGGGUAUGUUGAGCCAAUGACCACGGGGUAUGUUGAGCCAAUGACCACGGGGUAUGUUGAGCCAAUGACCAUGGGGUAUGUUGAGCCAAUGGCAAGUUGAGCAAAUGUAAAUGUUUUCUUCCCAUGCGUAAUCCAAGGCAUUAUCGAUGGGAUAGGAGGUAACAACAGGGACUGUCCUAUUUUAAAAGUGUUUAAAAAAGUAGAGUGUUUAUUAGGUGUUAAGCCUGUGUUAAAAUAUGUUUAAAAUUAUUUAAAGACAAAAAAAGUGAUUGUAAUUGUGUUAAAGAUAGACAUUGUUUAAAAAGGUAGUGGUAAUAUUUAAUCCAGUACAGACAUUUGAAGGCGGCUUAACUUACCCUGUCCCACAAUUCAUAUCACCCUAUACCCGGUGUGUUGUGCCAAGAGACUACUUUCUUUGGACAAGCUAUGUUUUCAGAACUGUAAUGUUUACAUGAAUUCGGAUUAUUUCCAUGUUAGAAAUAAUACUAUAUUUCCCUUUACGGAGUGAUACAGAAUGGAAAACUUAACUUACCCAACAACUGAAUGUUGACAUAGCUUAGCUUGUGAAAUACAAUUCAUUAGCUUUUUUGUGAGGAAUUCCCCACGUUCUUACCAUAUGAUGCUAUACUCAGUACUGACAGUAACACUGCACACUAACUCAGCUCCCAGCAUCCCAUUGUUAACCUUAAAGGGGCAAUCCGAGAGUGGUACAGCCAUUUGUGCAUAUUUUGGGGGGCUUUUUAUAGCUCCGUUUAUUUGAGUGUUUUCUUCUUUAGGCCCAUCCCUCAGCCGUUUACCAAAACAAGUGGUGGAGUUACCACUUUGUUGUUAUCAUGUCAGGAUGUAAGGCAGAUGGUUCAAGUCUCAGAGAUUUAUUGACUAUAGAGGGGCAGGCAAAAGGCAGGUCGAGGACAGGCAGGGGUUCGUUAUCCUGUAAUAGUUGGCAGACGUAGACGGUAGGCAGGCUCAGGGUCAAGACAGGCAAAACAGGUCGUAACCGGGGAGACUGGAACAAAAACAAGAAAGAGGAACGGGACAAGGCAAACUGGCAACAGUCAAAACAGAAAGCACAGGUAUAAAUUCACAGGGGAUGUAUGGGAGACACCUGGUGGGAGACACCUGGUGGGAGACACAAGACAAGGUGAAACAGAUCAGGGUGUGACAGUUGUUUUUUGAAUCCUAGAUUUGCCCUUCAAGGUAAGAUACUGGGACUCAGCAUCCCAUUGUUAACCUUAAAGACAUACUACUGCAUUCACAUGUGAAGUAUUGCAUUGUAUUCUGCUAUUCUGAUUAUGCAAAUUGAUUACAUAUGUAUACUUUCUGAGGGAGUGCUAAUGUUGUGUUUUAUUUCUGGCAAUCAUUCAGCCUCCAGAGGGCUAUACAACAUGAAUCAAUAAACAUAAUAUGUUUUUAACAUAUAUGAUUUGAAAUCAGUAUCACCAUCUUUUAGACAGACAGUGAGCGUUUUCUCACAUAUAUAUCACCAUAUAUCACACGUUCCUCAUUCAUCUUUUUGCACUUCCAUGGAUAUUCUCAGCUUCACACCUACAGAUCUGCUGGAGUGUCUCAUCUACUCAUUAGAUCUCUGUCUCCAUGGUAACAUGAAUUGGAAGAAUCAUUUUCUAAUAUGAAGGUACUUCACUGCUACUUCAGACUGGUUAAGGUCACACAGAGGAACAUUCGCUUGGCUGAGAAACCUGUUGAAAAAUAAAAAUCCCGAUCCUCUUACAUAUAAUUCUUUAAUCAUUUUUAUGGUAGGACAGAUAGGAAUAGUUUGUGAGCCAGACAUAAAGGAUUUAAGGGCACAGACAGGCGGCUGAGCAGAACUAGUGCACUUUAUAGGGUACCAUUUCAGAGUCAGACAUAGCCCAUGUGUCUGCUGCUCCUCUCCCCAGUCACUCAGUGUUCCUGCAGUCUGCUGGCCUUUACAGGGAAAAGUCACACUGCAUGUGUUAAAUGAGUUAACCAGCCUGGGUGUUAAAACACUGUCAUUACUCUCUCAUCUAACAGGGACAUGCUGCUCCGGGAGAUUUCCUGGUUCCUCUGGCUAAUGGAAAUACUUAAUUAUGGAUUGCAGAGUGAAUUGAUUGUAGAUUGUUUAAUAGGAUUAGAAACUGUAACAAAUCACCAUCGAUGUGGUGAGACCCUGAGCCUGACUGUCAGUCUGUGGUGGUCUCAUGCAAAUGAUUUUUCACUCAUUGUUAUGCUUGGCUUGACAAUGACAGCGAUUGGAGUUGGGAAACAUUGGCUUUGGACGAUGGGCUGAAAAUAACUUUCUGCAUUCUCCAGCAUGUGUCAUAAGCUGUAAGGGUUAGGGUUCAGGGGACAUGUACUGUGUAGUUUCUGGUGUGUGUACUGUAUACUGUGUAGUUUCUGGUGUUUGUGCAGAAUCUAGUGAACAGUAGGAGUGUUCUGUUCCUCUAACCAGAGAGAGAAGCACACUGCCCUCCCUGACGGUAGGGUUAUCUCUAUGAUCCUGCCGACCUCACAUAGUGCAUGUGGAGCAGCAAAACAGUGAUUGACUUGUUAGUUGGUUUGUGUGGUGCAGACACAUCUCUUAAAAUAGCUCAGAGAAGCAAUUAGAUUUGGUUGCUCCAUUUCCAAAGGUACAGUAAAGUUGCACAGCUCACACACUUGAAAAAUGACAUUUCAAACACAUGCGAACAAUCAACAGAUCAUAGAAAUAUAUUAUCUUAUUCCCUUCUGUUAGAAGUUAGAUGAUAACUGACCCUUAUCAUCCACACACACUGGUAUGAUUGUCUAUAGGGUUUUCUUCCUCAAAAACAUUUUAGAAUGGUGUUGUGUUUUUCUGUUUUUUUUAUGCCCAUAACACUGGGAUUUUCUCCAAUUUGCCUCCCACAACAAUUGAGUUAGUUCAAUUAUGAAUUAUAUUUUUUAAAGGCUCUAUGGACAUAUGAAACAUAGGCGUGUGUUUGUGGCAUUGUUUGUUCCUCUGACGUGUGGGCAGAGACGCUGAGCGAGGCUUCCUUCCCUAACAUCUUGAGUGUAUUAAAGAGUUCAUCUGGCUCUGGUAUUUACAGCCACACUCUGAACCCUCUCCUCUCCUCUCCUCUCCUCUCCUCUCCUCUCCUCUCCUCUCCUCUCCUCUCCUCUCCAAUAGUCAUAGAUUCCUCUAUGUCACACUCCCCUCAGUCCACUAGGUGGGGCUAAACACAAACUGUUACAUUUGACAGAUUACUUCUCAGUCCUACCUCUUGUGUGUGAGUUUUGUUUAUGUGGUUUAAUAAUUAGGAGUUGAUACACAGAUUAGUGACUGGCAUUGCAGGACUCAGCUUCUGUAGGUCCAUCUGGAGUGUGUUUGUGGCUUUCUAAAUCUGGAGGCCAGCUUUGUUCUGAAUAAAAUGACUUACAGCCUCCAGUGGUGCCUGCCUGUUCACAGAGGUGACUAAUAGUGCAAUAUGGUACCAUGUCUGUCUAGAACAAGAUAACUCUCUGUCUAGCGACUUGUUUUCAGAAAGGAACGGUGGAUGUAUGUUCUGUCUUCUACAUUGCCAGUGUGGUUUCUACAGGUGUUUUCCAUGGCAUAAAUAAAUAUCAUUGUGAUUUUUUGUGUGGUUUUUCCUUAAAUUUAAACGGAAUCUCAACAGAAUCUGAAGUAUAAAAUCUGAAGUGGGAGCAAAUUAUAUCAGUAUCAAAAUGAUUACUAAAUCAAAAAUCUCAAUGAUGACAAUAUCUUCCAUUAAUCUUACAACUAUUUACA